GAGACCCUCGUGUAAUUGACAGCGCUAGAGGAAAUGACAUUGUCAGUCUUUUUUAGAAAUUGGAUGAUUUUCAUCUUCGUGUUUCCUAUACCGUCGCAAACCGUCGAUAACAAUCACAUUCUUGAUGAUUACGAUCGAUUUAAUGCCAAUUCUCUACAGCCGGACGUGUUCCGGCAUCACAAAUUCCUCUACUAUCCAAGGCAACUGAUUUCAAACAACCGUCUAGUACCUGUGAACAUUAAAUCACUGAUAGAAUUUGUUACAAACAAUUCGGUCGUAAUCAGCGGGAGAUCGCCACUGAAAAUCAGCAAUCGAUGGAAACUCAACAGCAAUCUAAAAGUUUUAGGAAAUAAAUCUCAAAGCAAACAGCUGUCCGAUACCGACAGCAUCGCACUUACCGAUGUAAUCGUCGAUUUUGUGACUACAAUUACCGGUAUCGGCGGAGCAAUCGGAAUAUCUUUGGCCGGACUCUCACUUCUCAGUGGUGGGAACCCGCAAAACAGUUUGUCCCAAAUGAGAAGCUUCAUCCAAGGAGACUUUACCAGUUGCACCGCAGCAUCUGGGGACUUGGGCUAUUGCGCUUCACUAAUCAAUUGCAAUAUGAGAAGAGGAAUCUCUAGUGGAGCUUGCCCAAACGGAGGUGUUUGUUGCACAAACACGUUGACUACAUGCAGUGGUACUGUCCAAUACAACAACACCUACUGGCGAUCGCCCACUACCAUCUAUCCUGAUUCUUCCUGCGUUGUCACUGUUAAAUUAGAUCCGGCGACCGCGGAGCAGCGCGGACCCAUCUGUCAAUUGCGGAUAGAUUUUGAGAAAUUUAAUAUCGCUCAGCCGAAUUCUGAAAGUGUUUGCUCGAACCACGUCUUCUUGGUGGGCGGAACGGAUUCCGUGGUAUCCCCCAUAUGCGGAGAAAACAAAGGACAGCACAUGUACUUAAACGUUCCGGCUCCAGUGUCUGAUAUCCUGUUAUCAUUCAAAUUUGGCAACGAUUUGAUUCCAGAUCUUGAAUGGAGGAUCAAAAUUGCUAUGCUAGCUUGCACAGACUACUCCCUGUUGGCACCUUUUGGUUGUCUUCAAUAUUUCUCCUUUCCAUCGGGAACAGUGCAUUCGUUCAACUGGGCAGACACAACCAAUAACAGCACUCGCCAACUUACCAAUCAAAACUAUCACAUUUGCUUCAGAAGGGAAAUAGUUGACGCAAGUAUUGAUACCACUUUAUGCUUUACGCCAUCGGUGACGCCCAAUGGGGGGAAAGCCUUCAGUCUAACCGGGUCGGAUGCGUCAGUCGGUACGGCUGGACAAGCCGGUUUCAGCCAAGCCAAUCUGGGAGAUUGCAACAACGAUUUUUUGAUCAUUCCAAAUGGUCACGAUCCUGCCCUGCCAAACAGUCCGGCAAAUUUACGUGACCGUUACUGCGGCGAGAGACUGAAUGUUUUGCCCAAGAGUAACAUGUCGACGACUGUCUGCACCAAGAGUAAGCCGUACAGAAUCAUCUACAACACCAACAGCGACGAGACAGUAACCGACUCGCGGGAUGCAGCCAAUGUUGGAAAUAUUGGAUUUUCUCUGAGAUAUUACCAAAUCAAAUUAUAA